UCACAGUCCAGGAUUGUGCCUCGACCUUCAGGUGCUGCUGGGUAAUCCCGUUAGCCCCGGGGAGCUGCAGUGGAAAUCAGAGCAGACCUGUGUCGGCUGCACUGCGCUCUGGAUCUUUACACCACAGGCAUGCAGAACCACCUGUAGAGCAACAGGAUGUUCAACUGGGUGGUGAAAGUGGUCCCCCAACCCCCUGAAGCUCCUGCGACAGAGGAACCUGCCAAGACACAGGCCCCUAGUCCGCCCAAACCCAAAGAAGCUCCCGCUGUGAAGAAUCCUCCACUAAACAAUACAGAGGAGGGAUCAGACGAUAGCCAGGCCCAGACUGGAGUUUUAGGUUGGCUGUCUAAUGGGUUUGUCAGUGCUCUGCCACAGCCCUCAGGCUCCCCAAGACUCAACAGGGCCAACUGUGAUGCCAAGACAGGAGAGGAUGGAGAAAGGUCGGGGGUGAUCGAGUGGGUCACACAAGGUCUGACCAAAGUGUUGCCUCAGCCUGACGAGAAAUACAAAGAAACGAACAAAGUCGACACUGACGAACACACUGAGGUCUAUGAGGUGGCAACAAUGCCAGAUUAUGAUCCUCUUCCUCACAUCCCUGUGGUGGAGAUGGUGUCAGAGGAUGAGGUUUCGGAGCUUGAACCUCAGUUCCCUCCAAAUGUGGUAAACUGGAUAAAGCAGAUGAUUCCUCAGCCGGUUAUAGUGCCCCCUGGUGCCGUUGUCGUAGAACCUUCAACCAAGUCCUCCCGCUCCUCUCUGGAUAAAAUUCUGUCUCCUCCACCUGAAUCUCUCAGUGGAAUCUCACUAGAUACCGAUGGCAAGGCUGCAGCUAUGGUUGGUUGGUUUGUGUCAGGACUGGGUCUGAAGAUGCCUCAGCCUGUUACUACACCCAAAGAUAACAUAGAGGUUGCAGCUGAGGUUCUACAGAAAGCUUCAUCCAAACUCAAACCUGACAUGGUACUAGAAGACGUCGAGUCAGACAAUGAGGGCCAGCAGAAACAGGAAAAUCAGUCCAAAGCAGCAGCAGCAGCAGCACCAUCCACAUCACUGACUUCAGCAUCAACAGCAGCACAGCAACAGGAAGUAACGCAAGACACACAGACCAAUUUACUGCAGGUUCAGCAGGGCUCUGAUGCCAACCCGGCACCAGAAGCAACUGAUAAAAUAUCUCAAGAAGAUGCUGAGACCCAGACGGGCCGCUGGACACCAUUUAUCGAAAGCAUCAAGAAGGAGGCAGAAGAUGUGGCUCUGGCUACUAUGGAGGAACGUCUGCUGCAGGAGCGCAUGGAGAUGGCACGCAUGGCUGAAGAAGUGGCCAGGCAGACCGCUGAGACCACCAUCAGACAGAUUGCCACUGAAGGACAGUCCGUCAAGCUCUCACUGGGAAGCCAAGACCUGCUGGAGGAACCUGAUGCCGAGCUACAACAGGUACAAGAGGAGGAGAGUGAAGUGGAGCGCAAUAAAGUUACACAGAACAAAGAAAAUCUUGCUGAAGUGGAAAAGAAGGAGGAGACUAAGGAGCCAGAAAAUUUAGAACCAAAGGAGGAGGAGGCAGAGCCACAGCAGACCGCCGUCACAUCACUGCCACCAGAUACGACCACUGAGCCUGAGCCUGAGCCUGAGACCAAGACUGAGGCCCAGGCUGAACCAGAGCCAGAACCAAAGCCAGAACCAGAGCCAGAGCAAAAGCCAGAGCCAGAGCAAAACGCAGAGGCUGAACCACAACCAGAAACCAAGACUGAGGAAGCAAGUCCAGAAACUGAACCUGUAACCCAGCAACCACAGAAAACUGAAGGAGACGAUCAAAACGCCAACACAGAGAAAGCUGGUGAAAAAGAAGAAGAUGGUGGAGAUGGGUGUGGUGCUCCAGUCAGCUGUGAUGCAUUUAAGAACUGCCUGAUGCGCAUUCCUCACACCUCUGAGUGCCUCGGCAACAUCAACGCGUUCUUCAAAGAGAACGGCAUCUCCUCUCCCAAACUACCCUCUAUGCCUAAGCUACCCACCCAGCUCUCUGACGUUACAAAGUACUUACCCUCCCUCCCCCCUGAACUACGCCAAGAAUUGUCCCAGAUCCGACUCACGCAAGUACCCCGCGACAUCGCCCAAACCCUGACUGAGUUCCUGCCCAGAGGCUCUGACGGUUCAGUCGGCCCCAGUCUGUCCAGUCUUUCCCAGAGCCUUUCAAGCAUCCCACAGAAGCUCUCUCAGGUUCCCAUUCGAUCACAGCAGUACUUCCUAAACAUCCGAAACCGCCUCAACAGCCUUAUGCCACAAGUGCCUAAGAAACAACAACAGCAACAACAGCAAAAACAGAAGAAAGACAAGAAUCUGCAAGACUUAGAGCUCAACCGACUUGCCCAACGUUCCCCUCUCCCACCUCCUCAUCAUCCUUACCUCCGUUCCCGCUCCCCAUCUCCUUCCUCCCCUAAUGGUAGCACACUAGACUUGCCCAAUGUGCCAUCCUACCCUCGCUUGCCACCGAUCGUCAGCCCCCCAGUGAAACAGCUCAACUCCCCUUCCCACCAGCUGUCGGGCCUCGCUAACCCUGCGUUCUUCAUUGAAGAUGAUUCAGAUAUUUCACCAAUCAGACCUGCAGAGAGCUCUAGCCUCAGCGUUCGGCCAGCUGUCAAUGUGGAGGAUGUUGACUCCGACCAUGAGAAAGGAGGAGGAGGAGCAGCAGCAGUGGAAGCUGGAGGAGAAGGAGGAGGGGAAGAGCAGAGUGGUACAGCCCAAGUCCUGGCCCCACAGGACCCCAAACUCACAACACUCACUGUCCCAGUGACACCCGCUGGAGGUCGUCAGAGUAAAGGAGAUAAAGACAGAAGGCUGCAUUCUCAGAGUGAAGAUGAUGAUGAUGAAGGGAGCAUCCCUGUCAGAGCCUGGCCCAGCCAGUCCAGCCUGCACAGCACAGAUGAUAUUCUAAAAGAACGUCCGGCAUCUUCAGCCAGUCAGACCAGCACAGUGGUGAACGAGCGUCUCCAGGAGCUGGUCAGGAUGUUUAAAGAGCGAACAGAGAAGGCCAAAGAGAAACUCAUUGACCCAGACAGCUCAGAUGAAGACAGCGUCAUCCCCUGUGAGUGCAAGACUCACCUUUCUCCAGAUGGAAAAAUCAGCCCCUCAUUAUUGUCAUACCCUCACCUAUGGCUGCCCCAUAUACACAUAAAGCUUAAUGAGUUACACACCUUCUUCCCUUCAGCUCCUCCUCAGCCCUCAGCUCCACCGCCUGCUGCAGCUCCACCUGUGAACAGCGGGGAGGCUCAAGCAGGUCCAUCAGGAGGAGGAGGAGGAGGAGGAGGAGUGAAGGAGGAAGAGGAUGUUGAGGAAGAGCAGACAAGCUGCUGCAAGGUGAAAACUCCUCGGUGGAUAAGAGCCUGUAUGCACUACCGCUUCCCUGCCAGCAUCGACCCCUUCACCAACCUAAUGUAUGUGCUGUGGAUGUUUUUGGUGUCUCUGGCGUGGAACUGGAACGCCUGGUUCAUCCCGGUGCGCUGGGCCUUCCCUUACCAGACUCCUGAUAACAUUUACUACUGGCUACUGACCGACUACAUGUGUGACCUCAUUUACAUCUUGGACAUUGCUAUCUUCCAGCCACGCCUGCAGUUCGUGCGGGGAGGAGAUAUAGUGUGUGACAAAAAAGAAAUGAGGAAGAAUUACAUGAAAACAAAACGCUUCAAGUUUGAUGUAGCCAGUCUUGUUCCGCUGGAGCUUUUUUAUUUUAAGACAGGCAUCAACCCUCUGCUCCGUUUACCCAGGCUACUGAAGAUCAACUCCUUUUUUGUGUUCAAUGAGCGUCUGGAGGCGAUUUUAACCAAAGCAUACAUCUACAGGGUGAUCCGAACCACCACAUAUCUUCUUUACUGUCUCCACUGUAACGCCUGUCUUUACUAUUGGGGCUCAGCCUUUAAAGGCCUGGGAUCCACCAAAUGGGUGUACAAUGGCGAGGGGAACAGUUAUAUUCGCUGUUACUACUUUGCGGUGAAGACCCUGAUCACCAUCGGAGGUCUACCAGAUCCCACCACCCUGUUUGAGAUCGUCUUCCAACUCAUAAAUUACUUUGUUGGAGUUUUUGCCUUCUCUAUCAUGAUUGGACAGAUGCGUGAUGUGGUCGGUGCAGCCACAGCAGGUCAGACCUACUACCGCACUUGCAUGGACAACACUAUUAAGUACAUGUCAUCCUAUCGUAUACCUAAAGAUGUCCAGAACCGUGUCAAGACCUGGUAUAAUUACACUUGGCAAUCACAAGGCAUGCUGGAUGAACAGGAGCUGCUCACACAGUUGCCUGAUAAAAUGCGUCUGGAUAUCGCUAUAGAUGUGAACUAUUCCAUUGUGAGCAAAGUCCCUCUGUUUCAGGGCUGUGACCGACAGAUGAUCUUUGACAUGCUGAAAAGCCUACGUUCUGUUGUUUACCUACCAGGGGAUUACGUCUGCAAAAAGGGGGAGGUGGGCCGGGAGAUGUACAUCAUAAAAGCAGGGGAGGUGCAGGUGGUUGGAGGACCAGAUGGGAAGACGGUGUUUGUCACUCUGAGAGCAGGAUCGGUCUUUGGAGAGAUCAGUUUGCUUGCAGUAGGUGGAGGGAACAGGCGCACAGCCAAUGUGAUUGCUCAUGGCUUUGCCAAUCUCUUCAUCCUGGACAAAAAAGACCUCAAUGAGAUCUUGGUCCACUACCCUGAGUCCAAGAAGCUUCUCCGGAAGAAGGCCAGGAAGAUGCUCACUAAGGGAAAGAAACCUGAUCCUAAAGAGGAGCCAAAGGGGCCGCCUCAGGUCCAAACAGCCCCUGUCAGACAAGAGACGCCCAGGCUGUUGAGAGCAGCCCUGGAGAUGACAGAACGAUCCACUGGACUGAAAGGAGCUCUGGCUAAAGUCAAAGAGAAGACCAACAAGUCCAGCAUCUCAUUACAGCCGUCCAUCUGUUCCUCCUUCCCUCCUCCAUCUCCGUCUUUCAGCUGUGGUCCUGACCGAGACGUCGACACUCCGUCGCCCCUCUCUGCCGGCUCUGCAACGUACCGCUCUGCUUCCCGUUGCCACAGCAACAACAACAACAACUCUGUGCCUCCUCACUCGUCAGAGCGUCAUGGAGACACAGACAAAACAGACCAGGAGAGAAUUAGUGACGAUGAAGGGAAAGACGACGGACAGAGGAAAGAAAAGAAGGUGUGAUCCUUGUCUAGCAAACAAGAAAAGGAGCAUGGUUGAGGUUGAAAUGAAGACUGGAAAGUGAGGAGGGUAACAGUAAACCUUCAGCAGAUGGAUGGAUACUCACUCAUAUUACAGGAAGAAUACAAGAGGAGCAAAUGAAUAAAAAGAGAAAGGGUUCAGCUUUAGUAAAUGAACAAGUGAAAAACUAUUUCCUAUUACUCACUUUAUAGGCUCUGAACCAUGUUGCACUUUCCCGAUGGAGUUUUAAAUAGAAAACUGAAAGUUCACUUUUGUCAUAAAUUAAUGGGUGCUUCUAUGAAACUGGUC